UCUCUCUCUCUCUCAUUUGUUGCUACGUUUCCAAAAAAGUGGAGAAUUUCUUGUGUGCUUCCCUAUAUAAUUUCUUAUUUCAACAGCAAGCUUUUCACCAAAAGAGAUUAAAAAAAACCAAUCCAAAACAAAGAAAGAGUACAAAAGAUAGAAACCACUUUUUGGAGAAGAAGAGAAACAAAACAAAACAAGUUGUUUCCAUUCCAAGAUGAUUUCUGGGGCCACUUCUUGUUACCCUAAUGUCUCACAAGGAUUACAAAUGUAUGGCAUCACAGAAGCCGACGUCGUUUCAUCUUCUCUUGGACCAACCUCAGGUUCAGAUACUCACUCAAACUCUCUCCUCUACAGCCUCUCAGUCCUCAAAGAGAAGGUCCAUCAAGUUCAAUCUCUGGUCUCCAUCUUCAUCUCCCCUCCCCAGAGCCAACCCGCCGAGUCAACGGCCAUAGCCAUAGCCAGUAUGGGCACUUUGAUUCAAGAAAUCAUAGUCACCGCCUCUGCGAUGAUGUUCACUUGCCAACAGAUGUCUCUGGGCUCAACUCUGGGGAACAACAACACUGACGAAUCACAGAACCGGCGUGUUAAGCUCCCCGGAGUCACUGGGUUGUCUCAACAACAACCCAACUGUGGUCCAACCCGUUUCGUCCAUGUUGGUGAAGAAAGCCGACAAGGGUUUUAUUCUAGCGAAACUAUAGACUGGUAUGGCGACAACUAUAAUACUUGCAGCGCAAACGAUACCAACAACAACAACAACAACAAUCGGACUAUUACUAUGACUGUAGGUGACAAAAGUGAAGCGAGAAGCGAAAAGAAUGAGCUUUCGCCGAAGAAUUAUGAUAUUAUCGAAUUGGAUGCUGCGGACUUAUUGGCCAAGUACACCCACUAUUGCCACGUUUGUGGAAAAGGGUUUAAGCGAGAUGCGAAUUUGAGAAUGCAUAUGAGGGCGCAUGGAGAUGAGUACAAGUCCAGCGCUGCUUUGAGCAAUCCAUUGAAGAAUAACAACGCAAAUGAAACUGGAAACAAAGAUGGCGGUGAGACAAAACCCGUGAGGAAAUAUUCGUGUCCACAAGAAGGGUGUAGGUGGAACAAGAAGCACGCAAAGUUUCAGCCGUUGAAAUCGAUGAUUUGUGUUAAGAAUCACUAUAAGAGGAGUCAUUGUCCGAAGAUGUAUGUGUGCAAGAGGUGUAAUAGGAAGCAAUUCUCAGUGUUGUCAGAUCUGAGGACUCAUGAGAAGCACUGUGGAGACCUCAAAUGGCAGUGCUCGUGUGGGACUACUUUUUCCAGGAAGGAUAAGCUUAUGGGUCAUGUUGCUUUGUUCGUUGGGCACACACCGGCGAUCAAUUCUUUGGCGAAGAUGGGGAGAGUCGAACAACAACGCGAUCAAGCGCAAAUGCGGGUAGGGAAUAGGUAAAAAUUGUGUAAGAACUCAGAUCAUCUGAGAGGUCAUCCUUGUGUUUGUUGUAAAUUUUAAUAUGAUGAUGUAUCAAUGAAUCUUUACACUUUUGUUACAAAGUUGGCUUGUUUGAGAAGGCUUUGUAAUUUGACUGCUUAGGUGGACAGAAGUGUUUGUAAUUUCUUGAAUUUCUAUAGGUACUUUUCCUAUUCCUUCUACGUUGUAGUUUUGAAACCAACAACUAUUUGUUGCUUCCUAUGUUUCCUUCUUGUAAAAGGAUUUUUACAAUGUUUUCGGUGA